CUUUUCCUUUUCCUUUUCCCCUCCCAAUCCAUUGCCAGUCCCUCUUACCCCCAAUUGCCUAUUUGCCCACUUUGCCUUGCCCUUUCCCCGGCUCCUCUUUCCGUGGCUGUGUUGUAAGCCAUCAACGUUGCUUAUUCACCACCGCUCCCCUGAUUGUGUUUGCUGCUGCCGCCACAGCUCUCCACUUCCUGCUCUCGGAAAAGCUCGCCCCCUUCACCGUCGACGACAUGAGUAUAUGGAAUUAUGUUGUCACCGCUCACAAGCCCACCAAUGUCACUCAUUCUUGCGUUGGGAAUUUCACCGCUCCUCAGGACCUCAAUCUCAUCAUCGCGAAAUGCACCCGGAUAGAGAUCCAUUUGCUGACACCUCAAGGUUUACAGGCCACACUGGAUGUGCCAGUAUAUGGGAGAAUUGCCACACUCGAGCUUUUCCGUCCACAUGGAGAACCCCAAGAUCUUCUCUUCAUUGCGACUGAAAGAUAUAAAUUUUGUGUUCUGCAAUGGGAUGCUGAGGCUGCUGAAGUUGUUACAAGGGCAAUGGGGGAUGUUUCUGAUCGUAUAGGUCGACCCACUGACAAUGGACAGAUUGGCAUAAUAGAUCCGGACUGCAGAUUGAUUGGGCUUCAUCUCUAUGAUGGAUUAUUCAAGGUAAUUCCAUUUGACAACAAAGGCCAGCUCAAGGAAGCAUUCAAUAUCAGGCUUGAAGAGCUUCAAGUUUUGGAUAUCAAGUUUCUAUAUGGCUGCCCAAGGCCGACCAUUGUUGUGCUUUACCAGGAUAACAAGGAUGCUCGUCAUGUCAAAACUUAUGAGGUCACACUGAAGGAUAAAGAUUUCAUUGAGGGUCCAUGGUCUCAGAACAAUCUUGACAAUGGGGCAGAUUUGUUAAUCCCAGUGCCACCUCCUCUUUGUGGUGUCCUAAUUAUUGGUGAAGAAACUAUUGUGUAUUGCAGUGCUUCAGCCUUUAAAGCAAUUCCAAUCAGACCUUCUGUCACAAGAGCUUAUGGUAGGGUUGAUGCUGAUGGUUCUCGUUACCUACUUGGUGAUCAUAAUGGACUUCUGCACUUACUCGUCAUAACUCAUGAAAGGGAGAAGGUAACUGGUCUCAAAAUUGAGCUCUUGGGGGAGACAUCUGUUGCAUCAUCAAUUUCAUAUCUUGAUAAUGCUGUUGUAUUCAUUGGAUCCAGUUAUGGAGACUCACAGCUUGUAAAGCUAAAUCUUCACCCGGAUGCAAAAGGCUCUUAUGUGGAAGUUCUUGAAAGAUAUGUGAAUUUGGGGCCAAUUGUUGACUUCUGUGUGGUUGAUUUAGAGAGGCAAGGUCAAGGUCAGGUUGUAACCUGCUCUGGAGCCUACAAAGAUGGUUCUCUUCGAAUUGUUCGUAAUGGAAUUGGGAUAAAUGAGCAGGCAUCUGUAGAGCUUCAAGGAAUCAAAGGGAUGUGGUCAUUGCGAUCAGCUACUGAUGAUCCAUAUGACACUUUCUUGGUUGUAAGCUUCAUUAGCGAGACUCGUAUAUUGGCAAUGAACCUCGAGGAUGAAUUGGAGGAAACUGAAAUAGAAGGUUUUUGUUCGAAUGUCCAGACAUUAUUUUGUCAUGAUGCUGUUUAUGACCAGCUUGUGCAGGUGACGUCAAGUUCAGUAAGAUUGGUCAGUUCUACCUCUAGGGAGCUCCGACAUGAAUGGUUUGCGCCAGCCGGAUAUUCAGUCAAUGUUGCCACUGCCAAUGCCACCCAGGUUUUAUUAGCUACUGGUGGUGGCCAUUUGGUGUAUAUAGAAGUUGGUGAUGGAGUGUUAACUGAAGUUAAAAACACUCAAUUGGAGUUUGAGAUCUCAUGCCUGGACAUUAAUCCAAUUGGUGACAAUCCAAAUUAUAGUCAGCUUGCAGCAGUGGGAAUGUGGACUGAUAUCAGCGUUAGGAUCUUUUCACUUCCUGAUUUAAAUCUUAUUACAAAGGAGCAUUUGGGAGGGGAGAUAAUUCCACGAUCUGUACUACUGUGUUCUUUUGAAGGGAUAUCUUACUUACUAUGUGCUCUUGGAGAUGGACAUCUAUUGAAUUUUGUUUUGAAUACAAGUAAUGGAGAUCUGACGGAUAGGAAGAAGGUUUCUUUGGGGACCCAACCCAUUGCACUUCGCACAUUCUCAUCAAAGAAUGCAAGCCAUGUUUUUGCUGCUUCUGAUAGGCCGACUGUCAUUUAUAGCAGCAAUAGGAAAUUGCUGUACAGCAAUGUAAAUCUAAAAGAAGUCAGUUAUAUGUGCCCUUUCAACUCUGCUGCUUUCCCUGACAGUCUUGCAAUUGCUAAAGAAGGUGAACUGACAAUUGGCACCAUUGAUGACAUUCAAAAGCUUCACAUCCGCUCUAUUCCCCUUGGGGAGCAUGCACGGCGUAUAUGUCAUCAGGAACAGACCCGAACCUUUGCAAUAAGUAGCUUGAAGUAUAACCAGACAAGUGCAGAAGACUGUGAGGUGCACUUCAUCCGCUUGCUGGAUGACCAAACUUUUGAAGUUUUAUCAACUUACCCACUAGAUCAGUAUGAGUCUGGUUGCUCCAUUCUUAGCUGCUCAUUCUCAGAUGACAAUAAUGUUUACUACUGUGUUGGGACAGCAUAUGUAAUGCCAGAAGAGUAUGAGCCUACCAAGGGUCGGAUAUUAGUUUUUGCAGUAGAAGAUGGAAAGCUUCAACUAAUUGCCGAGAAAGAAACUAAAGGUUCUGUAUACUCUCUUAAUUCUUUCAAUGGAAAACUGCUCGCUGCAAUAAAUCAGAAGAUCCAGUUAUACAAGUGGAUGCCCCGGGAUGAUGGUUCUCGUGAAUUACAAUCUGAGUGCGGACAUCAUGGGCACAUACUCGCCCUUUAUGUGCAGACAAGAGGAGAUUUCAUUGUUGUGGGUGACUUGAUGAAAUCAAUCUCCCUUUUGAUUUACAAGCAUGAGGAGGGUGCUAUUGAAGAGCGAGCACGCGACUACAAUGCCAAUUGGAUGUCAGCUGUUGAGAUUCUGGAUGAUGACAUUUACCUUGGUGCUGAAAAUAAUUUUAACCUCUUCACUGUCCGUAAGAAUAGUGAGGGGGCCACUGAUGAGGAGCGUGGGCGGCUUGAGGUGGUUGGUGAGUACCACCUGGGUGAAUUUGUUAACAGGUUCCGCCAUGGGUCUCUUGUCAUGCGAUUGCCAGAUUCUGACAUGGGCCAAAUUCCAACUGUAAUAUUUGGGACAGUGAAUGGAGUGAUAGGGGUGAUUGCUUCUCUUCCACACGAGCAGUAUGUGUUCUUGGAGAAGCUGCAAAUGAAUCUAAGGAAAGUGAUAAAGGGUGUGGGGGGGCUGAGCCAUGAGCAGUGGAGAUCUUUCUACAACGAGAAGAAAACGGUGGAUGCCAAAAACUUCUUGGAUGGAGAUCUGAUCGAAUCUUUCCUGGACCUGGGGCGGAAUAGGAUGGAAGAGAUCUCCAAGGCAAUGAAUGUGGCUGUUGAUGAACUGAUGAAGAGAGUAGAAGAACUAACUAGGCUACAUUAGAGCCCUCUUCCUUUCCUGCUGCUUGUGUGAUUGUUUGAUUGAUUGUUGGUUGGUUGGUUACAUGCCAUAUUAUUAUUAUUAUUAUUAUAUCUGUUGGUUUAGAGUUAUAGAUAGCCGAGCCGUGCUUUGUGCUGUUAACAUCAUCACAUCACAUCAUUUGGACAUUUGUUUUUUUUUUUUUUUUUUUGGUUCUGGCAAUGUGUGAGUGAGUGUAAGAUAUGAAAAGGAAGGUUGGUUCGUGUC